AUGGAUUAUCCUGGCUUGGAUAUGAGCACAACCUUGGGCCCCGUGUAUUGGGGGACUGUUAUUUCCUUGGUCCUUGGAGGAAUAACUGUUCUUCAAGCCUACAUAUAUUUCCCCCAUCCUUCCGACCGACUAUUCAUCCAAUUAACGGCGGGAUCCAUGGUAGUCUUUGACUUUGUCUCCAGCGCUCUUGUUGCGCAAUCAGUGUAUUAUUACACGGUUCCUCAUUUCGGUUCAGUCGUCCCUCUUGCUAGCAUAACCCCGGAGCUUUCUGCGGAAUGCCUCCUUUCAACAAUCAUCACAUUCAUCUCACAGUUGUACUUCGUUAUCCAAAUCAAUGCCGUUACCAAGACCGGUCGCGCAAGUCGGAUAAUCCCUAUCUCCGUUGGGUUGUUUUCAAUCCUUGCAUUCGUAUUUGGCGUUGCGUGCACUAGCGUCAUGUUCAUUUUUCAUCACAAUGUACUGGAUAAUCGGGAAGAACACUUUGAGCGGUUUUUCGGUUUGGCUAAAGGGUUUGGUGCUCUCACAGACAUCAUCGCUACGAUUGCUAUGUGCAAGUUGCUAUCAGAUUCCAAGACUGGGAUUACUUCCACCCAUAGCCUUCUGAAAUCUCUGAUCCGCUUCAUUGUCCAUCGCGGUGUGCUCGUGACCCUUAUUCAGACGCUCCUUCUCAUAACCUUCUAUGCUGUGCCCUCUAACCUUGCUUGGCUGGCCUUCCAUGUGAACGUAACGAAGCUUUAUGCGAACACUUUCUUUGCCAUGUUGAACGCACGUGAACGCCUCAAGGAGCGAUACACCCCAAACACGACCAGCAUCACUAACUUCUCCCAAGGUCGCCUGUCAACAAAACAGGCAGCUGCUAGUAAUAAACAGAUGGACACAGCCUUCCAGGAUGCUUGUGAUGAUGGGGGAUCAUUCCCAAUGCACGCCAUGCCAACGGUCACCAAAACCGUCCUCAUAUCUGAUCUCUGA